GAGGGCGCGAGGCCGCGACCCUGAGCCCGAUACGCGGAAUAGAACGUUUCGGUAGCAGAAUAGUGUGCGGAACGAAUACGUGUCAAACUCUCGCGGUCCACGGAUAAGCGCAAAGUGGAGCAUCGUAGUGCACGGGUAUCUGCUAUCGUUUACGUGUAGAAAGGUCGAGAGUUCAUGAUCAUUCACUGCUUUGAAACGAUGAUUUUACGAAGCGUUUGACGACGAUCUUUUCUUUACUAUCACUGCCGAAUGAUCAAAAUCUGCGAACAAUUUUCGUUUCUUUCACGGUUUUCUUUCCCGAACGUAUAACCUGUUUAGAAUCAUUGUUCGCUAUAAGUCAGAAAUUUCAAUUUUGAAUUUAAAGAGUUCAAUAACUGUGCGUGCCAUUGCAUCGUAAUACGAGAACCCGAAGAUGCCGCUCUUCGGUAAAAAAGAUUCGAAUAAGAAGAUCAAAAAGGAUGGGAAAGAUGAUAAAUCACCGUCUGUCGAGGAUAAAUACGUCCUCAAGGAGUUACUUGGAACUGGUGCUUUCUCUGAAGUACGUUUAGCAGAAAGUAAAGAGAAGCCUGGACAAAUGUUUGCUGUGAAAAUCAUUGAUAAGAAAGCGUUAAAGGGAAAGGAAGACUCUUUAGAAAAUGAAAUUAGAGUAUUACGAAGGUUAACGCAUCCAAAUAUUGUUCAAUUAUUGGAAACAUUUGAAGAUAAACAUAAGGUUUAUUUAGUUAUGGAGUUGGUUACUGGUGGAGAACUGUUUGAUAGAAUUGUAGAAAAAGGUUCUUACACAGAGAAAGAUGCAUCGGGUUUAAUAAGACAGGUUCUUGAAGCUGUGGAUUAUAUGCAUGAUCAGGGUGUCGUGCAUAGGGAUUUAAAACCUGAAAACCUUUUAUAUUAUAGUCCUGAUGAAGAUAGUAAGAUCAUGAUUAGUGAUUUUGGUUUAUCGAAAAUGGAAGAUUCUGGUAUUAUGGCAACUGCUUGUGGUACUCCUGGAUACGUUGCACCGGAGGUGUUAGCACAAAAACCAUAUGGGAAAGCUGUUGAUGUAUGGAGCAUAGGAGUUAUUUCUUAUAUUUUGUUGUGUGGAUAUCCACCGUUUUAUGAUGAAAAUGAUGUUAACCUGUUUGCACAAAUUUUGAAAGGUGAAUUUGAAUUUGAUUCACCGUACUGGGACGAUAUCAGCGACUCUGCGAAGGAUUUCAUUCACAAGUUGAUGUGCGUCAACGUUGAAGAGCGUUUCACUUGCAAACAGGCCCUUGCACAUCCUUGGAUUUCCGGCAACGCAGCCAGCAAUAAAAAUAUCCACGGCUCCGUAGGAAAGUCUUCCUCUUCUCUCAUGGUUGCAGCAAGCCUACCACGCAGCCACGGUCAUACGUCAAAUGCAACGACUGGCGCUCAGCAGCGGCCAGCAGCAGCAGGGCCCAGGAUCAACAGGCCCCUCCAGCGGCAACCCUACGCCAUACCCCGAUCAAUCGCAAUCCAACCCCAGUCAUCAACCCAGAUCAGUGGAGCCUCAGAUCAAUCUCAAUUGAAGCAAACAUGCGAGCCACCAAUGCCCGUGUCAAGCUUGGUGGCUUCAAAUCCUCCUCCCAUUCCGAUCAGUCCAAAUUCACCGUUAUACUUACGCAACAAACGCUUCAAGCUGUGGGGUAGCACACACACUGCUCUGUCUACACUUUUUCAAACGAACGUAUCGUAUCUUAGAAAGCAAAGAAAGUAUAAGAAAAGCUGAGUUGCGCCGCUAAACUUUCUUCUAUGAAACGUAUAAAGGGUUGCCGGGUUGCAACUAUACCCUUGCCGAAUAUUAUUUAACUUGACAAGGGUUUGUAUAGAUUCCAGGCUAAUCUGUUCUGUUGUGGUUCCCUGUGACACGGUUACCACUGAUUAUGUACAUUACCAACUACGUAUAUGUAUAAACAGCCCGCACGAUAUAAGGCGAUUUUCCGAAUUUUUUCGUUUAUCGCCUCCCACCUUGUUUUGCAAGCUUUAUUCGAACAAAGUUAUAAAUAGAUCUUCACUGUGUUGGUACAUAUUCACGAUAGAAUCUAAUCUGUAGUCGUUAAUAGAAGUUUACGACGAUGCGUUAACGAUAUUGAUUUGAUCAAGUAAGAUGUAACUGAAUUUAUUGAAAUUAAACAAUUUCAUUGUACGAGAAAAAUCUUGCUGGAUCAAAUCUGUUAAUGUGUAAAGAAAAAAAAUGUGACCAGUACAACGACAAGUUUUUAUCUUUUAUAAAGUUUGGUGUAACGAAUAGUGGUUGUUUAGAUGAUUCUUUUCUUUCGAUGUAAAAAAUCUGACUGUAUUCUGAGAAAUAUGUUUCAAAUUCCAUAAAUUGCUAUACUACUAUUUGCCCGGUACUUUUCAAAAAUAAUACAAUGGACAUUUUGAAGUAGUGUGUUUGGAAAAGUAUAAAACAAAAGACAAACAAGCUUUUAUAAAAGAGAUUACUCUUGAUAAGGAACAAAGAUCUUGCCAUGAUGAAUUUUGUUGUGAGACUGCUGCUCUUUACGUUCACCGUUAACUAAAAUUUAUUUUAUUUUAUAAAAUAACUGAAUGUAACAUGUUUAUAGCAAGUCAUGUACAGUGCACUGUAUUACAAAAUGUACAUUGUGUAUACAGAUACUCCUUCUGUUACAUAGUGAUAUUAAUACAUUCUAAGAACUUCAAAUCAGAAUUCUACUGUCUAGAUCUAAUCGUAUGUAUACAUAUAUAUUACUCAGCAGAUAUUUUUAUCAAUAUGUUGCAUUGAAAUUUUAUGAAAAGGGUACAUAAUUUGUACACGGUUUUCCAUUUGUCUGUUUGUAAGAUGCAAAUAUGAAAAGCCACUUUCAUAACAUUUUUAAAGACAGCUAUAUCUGUUGCUCUUGUUUCAAUAUUGAAUUUCAAAUUUGUAUAGACCUAUCAUGUAUAUUCAUACACAUGAAUGUACAAAUUGUUUUUAUUAAUUAUGUUUUUUAAUAUAAGGUCUAAUUAAGUACUAUCAAUUUGAUACAAAGAUGUUUGUAUUUAAUAUUUUGUUGUAAGAAAUGGCAAUUAUAUAUUGUUGUGUAAGUUGCAAGCAGUGGGAAUAACUAAAUAAUACAGCUAUUUGUAUUUGUAUCUUAUAAUAUGAAGAAAAACGGUUAAUUAUAUACAGUACUUAGUAUUUGAAUUGUAACAAAUACUUCAACGAAAAGAAUUUGAAAAUACUUUUAGUACUCGGUGGUAUUACUUUAUUUUUUUACGAACGAUUGCAAACAAGUGCAAUAAUACUAUGAUCUUGUGAUAACGAUAUUACUGUGGUCUCUUACUCAAUGAUAAGUCGAUAUAACUAUCACUAAUGAAUGUUAAUUUUAAACUGGAAAUAGAAUUAAAAAAACACUUAAUUGGAUUGUAUAAAUAAUUUUUUCACGAUAAUUAUUUUUAGUGUUUUGGAAUGUUUUACUUAAAAUAUCUGGUUUUAUAGUGUAGGGUAAAAAACCAUUGUGUAGCGAUGCGCAAAAUUGUAUCAACAAAAUUUGAUGUUUUUCGUGUCUUUUUAAACGUGCUUUUAAAUAAAUCUAAAUUACAUUCAAUGGAUCUAAAUAUAAUGUGUUAUGUACUCAGAUAGAGAAAAUUAUUGCUAUUUAUCGAGCGGGCACUCCUUUUAUUAUAAACUACUAUCUUUCUCUUAAACUUUAAACAUGAUAAUCACUUUGAACUAUGACGUUAGACAUCCGUCCGUGUACCGGGCACUAUUCGUGUAGUAAAUAUGUAUUGAACAAAAAGAAGACCAUUAAGGGAUUCAUAGGAUGUUACCUAAUAAUUUUUGAAAUUGAUAAUAAUUAUAUUAAUUAUAAGAUAGAUAUUAUUGUUCUUCAAAAAAUAAUUUAGAACAGAAGCACAUACAAAGGAUGCUACGAUACUUGUAACGAUCAUUUAUUUUUAUUUAAACAUUGUAGUAUCAAAAUUUAAAUUGAUCAAAGGUCUUUCAUUGCGCAAAAUAAUAUACCAUUCUAAAGUGCCUCGGAUGAUACGAUGAUGGGAUUAUAUAAGUAUAAAUAUUUGCAAAAAGUUUUGUUUCCAUAAGAUUCACAUAAUUUUAAGUGUGCAAAUAUUAAUUUUCUAUGAUCAAUCAUUAUUUAGUAUCAUUUCUUUUUAUUCGAAAAACAAGAUUUAUUUUUUUCUUGUAUUUAUAUUGUUAUAUUGAAAGAAUUCUACUAAUAUUUUACUGCCAACAUCGUGUCAUCUAAUAAGGAGCGUUCGCUAAAAAAGCAUUUUUUUAUGCUAAAUAUUUGUGCGUUGUCGAUGAGCUUGUAAUUUAAAAGUUCUAGACUCUGGACAAAAGUAAAAGAAGCUUAGCUUGUACUUAGAAACGAAAGAAGAUGAAAAAACAAAAAAACCGUGCCACAUGAAUAAACAUAUCGGCAGGAAUAUUACAAAUGUGAUUGUAAAAAUAAGCUGAUUUUAAAAUAGCAAUGAAAAGAACUUGUUACUGCAGUUUUAUUGAAGAAAACAAUAUAACAUCAGACUGAUAGAGUGUGUAUGGAAUGAAAGCGAAGAAAGAGUGAAAGAAAGAAAGAAAGCUAGGAAGGGAGAAUGCGCUGUUGAUUAAAAUAUUUUAAUUGUUGCCUACUAAACGUACUGCUCCUAUAUAUUUAUUAAUCAAUUACAAGAAUAACUACUUCCUAUUGUAAUUUCCUCAUUGCACAAACCGUGCUACUGCUAUGCUUGAAUUUGUGCAUGUGGGGAUUAAAUAUCAAGAUAUCUCGUUACUAAAUUAUAUAUCAUGCGGCAAAUCAGUGCUACUAGACGUUAACAAUGAAUUUAUUACAUUUAUGCGGAAGGUCUUAGUGAUGAGAUUAUAUUGAACUAGUUUGAAGUGCCAAUGUUAUUCAUAAUAUUCAUUCCUUAAAAAGAAACAAAUUGAAAUUGCUUAUUUCUUUGAAAUAUGAUCAAUAUUUUGGAAAGUAGGAACAGUUCAAUUUAUAAGAUGCAUCGCUUCACAACAAUUAUUUUAUUUAAGUGAACUGGCUUGUAAUUAAGAGAAGUAUAGCAAACAGAUAGCUGAGAACUUUCUAAUUUAAUAGGUUUUUCAAUUUCAUGAUUAUGGUGCUAAACAACAAAUGUUCGAUAUUACUAUUUCAUGGAAUGUUAACGAAUAAAAAGAUAUAUAUAGCUGA